AUGGUCGCUUUCAAAGGACGGUCAUCGAUGAAACAAUAUAUGCCGCUAAAACCUAUAAAGCGAGGCUUCAAAAUAUGGCUAAUGUGCUGUGCCGUUACUGGCUAUAUUGUGGCAUUCGUUGUUUAUAUCGGUAAGGACGAAAAGCGACCUGCAGAGAUGAAUUUGGGCGAAUAUGUGGUCUAUAAACUUAGCGCUGCUCUGGAAGGUUUCUAUUAUUGUCUUUUCUUUGACAAUUUUCUCACGUCGAUACUUCUGCUAAAGCGACUGCUAGCUAAGAAAUUAUUCGGCUGCGGACCAAUUAGGCAAAACAGAAAAUAUUUACCAGAAGCUAUGAAGAAAGUGAAGUUGGAUGCAGGAGAAUUCACCUCAGUUCAGGCAGAUGGUUUUAGUAUUUCACAGUGCAGAGAUCGAGGUAAGAAACCUGUUUGUGUCGCCAGUACCAUGCACAACUCAGGCAAGAUGGCAAAAACACCUAAGAAAAAGAAAUUUCAAUAUUCACCAUUUAAAAUGCAGCAAGCUUUGGAAGCCGUAAACAAUGGAAUGCCUGUUUUGAAGACUAGUAAAGAAUUUAAGGUUUAA